UUGCAUAGCCUCCCAGAAAGCACCCUUUAUACCCAAAGGGGGAAUUAACACCAGGAAAGCACGAAAAGGCACGCUUGGCCGAAAAGUUAAAAAGACUGUCUCGAGCUUCCCCAUUCGUCCAACCAGGACGCAUUUCCAAUCAAUUUAUUUCGGGAGAUGAACUACAGCAAUACAAGCCUCGAUCGGCUACGACACCCCUAAGCGCGACUCGGACGGAGCCAUGAUGCCAACCCGUGGUUCUGCCCCCGAAGGUUCGAAAUCCAUUUCCUCCUCUGUUCGGAGGCGAAUGUCAGGAUGGGUUUAUAAAGGUUGGUUCCUCCGAAACCACCCUGUGGAAUUAAGGAAGGGGAAGCCUGACAUUCACAUCAAACACCCCGAUAGCCGAGUGCGUCACACACAAAAUGUCUACUGCCAGUACCACAAGAGCAAGCGAGUACGAUAAAAUCGUAAUACUCAAGAACCCGAACUCAGUUCGGACAAACCUUUGGUAUCUGAAGCCCGGCUUCACCGCAAAGCCCACAUUCGUCAGCGUGACCGUUCCGGGAGUCUUUGAAUCGAGUAAUGUGGAACACGAAGCAUACCCCCACGAGAUUACCGAUGUCCGAGGCCAUGAAAAGUUAUUCUCGUUGGACAAGAGCGGGUUCGAAUUCCUUCAAGACGCUGUGCCUGAUGAGAUGAUUCAGCAUAUCAGGAAUAGCCGUGAUGAGGAAAUUGAGAAUAAAUACUAUCCGAGAGUCGAGGAGUUGCUUAAAACUCAUACCGGUGCCGACAGAGUGUUUAUCUUCGACCAUACUGUACGCAAGAGGAUACCGGAGCACGCUGGCGACGGUCGUGGACUGGUGGGAACAAUGCAACCAGCUUUGCGAGUCCAUGUUGACCAGUUUGUGCACCUGAUACUUGCUCGCUAAUUCACGGCUGACAUUCUCAGGGCUCCAAGUGCCGGAACUGGAAGAGUCAAGCGUCACCUCCCCGAUGAGGCGGAAAAGCUGCUAAGAGGUCGCGUGCAGAUUAUCAAGUAAAUCCCUCGCAGUGCAUUAGAGAAUUUUCACCCCCGUGACAAUAUUGACUCUACUGGCAGUGUCUGGAGGCCACUGGUUGGGCCGAUUGAAGACCACCCGCUAGCGGUGGCAGACUACCGCUCGGUUAAACCAGAGGACCUUGUCGUCACAGACCUGGUAUAUCCUGGUCACACAGGGGAAACAUACAGUGUGUUGUACAAUCCAGAGCAUAGAUGGUAAGCAUACAACUGUUAAAAACUGGGAUCCGGGUUAGGGCUACUGAGAACGUGGGGCGCAGGUAUUAUAAGUCAAGGCAACAGAAUGACGAAGUUAUCAUGAUAAAGUGUUUUGAUAGCAAGACAGACAGAGCCAGAGGUGGGGCCUAAAAUGGCGUUGGAACUCCAGUGUGCUAAUGCGUCGCAAGUGACACCGCAUACCGCCAUCAGGGACCCUACCUCGCCGAAGAAUCCGAGGCUGAGAGAAAGUAUCGAAAUCCGGGCGCUGGUGUUUCACACCCAGGAGCGCGAUUGAGAGGGGAAUUCGCCUAAAGAGUGGAUCUUUAGGCUUGGCAGAAUGACUUGUCGUUUGUUAGCCGCAUGCGUCGAUAGAUUUAUUUAUUCCAGACUUCAAUUUUUUCCUUC